AAAAGUGCGUUGACCCUCGGCCUCCCACCCACCGGCCCGACGUAUUAUCUGUACGGUCUGAUCAAUAUCCGUAUCCACACACAGUGACAGGACGAUCGAUGCAUUUUCAAGUUUUGAAUUUCUCCAAGAAGUUUAAAUGAAAAGCGUUAUUUCAUUAUCCAUCAUAGACAAAUAAGGACGUGACAUUAAAGAUGUCGGUGGGAAGACCGAGACUAGAGCGUGCACAGUCGUUCAUGGUGGCUGAAAUACCGAAUCCAUUCGUGCAUGUCUUAAAAAUGAAUACAUGGGACUACAUAAGGAUUGGCAUUAUGUCUGUCACGGUAGCACCACUUCGUGUGCUGGCAUUCACCCUACUUCUCGUGCCUGUCUGGCUACUGUGUGCUGUAGCACUGGCUGGGAUAAAGAGGGAGGAGAAAGAAAAUCCACUAACAGGAUGGAGAAAGGCAUUGCGGGGACCUAUAUUACUCCUUGGCAGGCUCCAGGUAUUUUGCAUGGGAUUUCACCAAGUGAAGAUCAAAGGUCAACAGGUGACGCGGGAUGAGGCAAGCAUUCUGGCUUUAGCCCCUCACGUCUCCUUCUUUGACGUCUUUAUUUUCUUUGUAACGGGUCUCCCUAGUGGUGUGUCCAGACAGGAAAAUGUUGAACCACCCAUCUUAGGAACAUUGGCGAAGAUUCUGCAGCCGGUGUUAGUAUCGAGGAAAGACCCUGACUCUAGACAGAAGACCAUAGCUGAGAUCAAGCGAAGGGCUCAACCGGGCAGCCUGUGGCCUCAGAUCGUCAUCUUCCCAGAAGGCACCACAACCAAUGGACAGUGCUUCAUCACAUUCAAAGGAGGUGCCUUCUUUCCUGGCGUUCCUGUCCAGCCCGUCCUCCUGCGUUACAACAACGCGCUCAACACAUUCCCUUGGACUUGGGAUGGACCUGGAGCCUUCUCCGUCUUCUGGCUCACUCUCUGUAACCUCUCAAACAACCUAGAACUGGAAUUCCUGCCGGUCUACAGGCCAAGUGAGGAGGAGAAGCAUGAUCCGAAGCUUUAUGCUCGCAAUGUCCGAGCUGUAAUGGCAAAGGCUUACAAGGUCCCAGUGACAGACCAUACGUAUGAAGACACUCGUCUGAUGGAGGAAGCCAAAGCUAUGGGACUGCCUUGUGAAGUGGGCGUGGUAGAAUUCCACAAGUUGCUCUCCAAGCUGGGGUUUAAACUCGAGGGUCUGCGCACUCACCUGACUAAAUAUGCAGACAUAGCUAGCUCAGGAGGCUACAUCAAAAUAGAAGACUUUGCCAAGUAUCUCAACGUGCCUGUCUCACCCGCCCUCCAAGAAGUCUUUGAUGUAUAUGACAGGGAUGGCAGUGGGAAGAUAGAUUUCAGAGAGUACGUGAUUGGAUGCGCUUUGGUCAGUCAACCAGCGAACACAGAAGACACGUUUCAGAUGGCAUUUAAGAUGUUCGGGGGAGACAAGGAGUAUAUCAGCCCAGAAGAUCUUUUCCAGAUUCUAGACAAUGCAUUCGGGAUGGAAAGAGAGGAGUCGGACAGGCUGUACCAGGAGAUUGAUACAAGGGGCAUUGAGCGCAUCACAUAUGAUGAAUUCAAAGCUUACGCCAUGAAGAAGCCAGAAUACGCUACCCUCUUCACUCGCUACAUGGAGAUGCCUUCCUCAUCCUCAUCCUCCGAUGAAAGGAUGCCCAGUCAAGCAUCCUCCGAUCUAUCACCACGGCAACGAACGGUACAGAGCAAGGCGGAAGAUGCACCCUCCAAUCUAUCGCCACAGCAUGGUCCGGUGCAGGGUAAGAAGGAAGACUGACAUGAGGUAGGCCUGCCUCCAGUAGACUGAGUCGGACCAACUUCUGAUGCGUUGCUAGGUGACCCUUCAUCCUUUCAAGACUCUCUUCCCCGUUAUUCUGCAGAUCUGGUCCCCCUUCCCCCCAUCAAAAAUAGGAAACCGGAUAGCAUGCCAUUCUGUGCCAGAAAAAAGGCUUGUAUUGUGCAAACAUUACAUGGCUAUAUUUUUACAAGUGUAUCGUAAGUUUACGCACAUCUGUUAGAGAUUAUUACUUAAUAAGAUAUUAUGAAAAAUGGUUUGAGAUAAAAUGCAGAGCAGCAUGAUUUAUAUUCUUGCUUUGGAGUCUUUCUGUAUGCUGUAAUGAUACUUUGUUCAGAACCUAUGGAAGCGUCUAGCAUUCAUGUAAGUAAAAACAUUUAAGUCUUCUAUCUUUCAUUUUACAUGUCAUUUAUAUACAGUUUACUAUUUUGCAUGUAAUAUUGAAUAUUUGGGAAUAUUGGGAAAUGUUUCUUUGCAAUGAUGUCAAAUUUUAAUGCAGGAUUCAUUUAGUUAUGCCGAAAUCUUGUACUGUAUUUGAUAUUCAUGUAGCUAUAUGUUUAUAUAGUUGUGCUUUUUAGGACAGAUAUUGUUCAUAUUAAAUUCCAAUGUUACUACAUUAUUGAGAUCAAGUUAUCUUUAAAUCUUUAAAUCAUUUUAUCACAUGUAUAUACGUGAUGUAUACAGGGUAUAACAAAUUUAUUUUGGAAUAUAGGAGGCUCUAUGUCCUGCUAUGCGAAAGUGUGUGAAUGUAUAUAUUGUGGAACUGCAUGGAAACCUGUCCGCUAACUUUCAAAACAUUUCUCUUGCACAAAUCAGGUUCUGCGAGAAAAAAAGUGCGCAAUAAAAGCAGUCGGUGAAAUCAUGUUUGAAAUCAAUAACGAAUGGAAAGAAAGCCAUUCUUCCUAAGAAUGACAUUCUUUUUUCACAGAACAUUUACGCCUACAUGGAUGUGUCAUACGAUAAUGAAUUCAUUGGGGAAUUAUUACUAGGAUGAACUUCAGUCACAAACUCUCAAAAUCAUUUCCGAUGAAUAUUAAAAAAGGAUUUAGUUAGAGCAUAUAAAAACACAUUAAACUACCUUUUUUUAACGUAAAUGUACCAAUACAACAUACAUUUAUAUUUAUCAUAUAUUCCAUGACCUUUGUACUAAAUUUGCAAUCUUCAAUGAUCUCAAGAAGGACAGGAUAUAAAUACUCAUCCAAGAGGGGGAAAAUAUACUUCUACAUAGGCUUACUGUUUUCUAAGUACUGACUGUAUUUAUCCUAUCUAAUAUGCCUAAAAUUCCACUUAUUCUUUAUAAUAAAUGAGAAAAAUCAUUUAUAAAAUCUGUUAUGAAUUUUGUACAAGUAUUUGAUUGUCUUUUUUGACACAUCAGGCUGUGCUACAGGUUUUACGCACAAAAUAUGUAUGCAUGUGGUAUUAUGUAAUAACAAAUGACUAUAAUUCUAGUAAAAUUCUUGAAAAUUUAUAAAUAUAUAUAUAUAUAUAUACUGGUAUAUAUUAUUUAUUUCUAUAAAAAUCAUGGAUAACCUGAAUUGUUUGUAUAUUACAGAGUACAGAGGAUGGAUUGAAUUUUCUUGAUUCUAAAUUUAUCCAAUGAAUCCAAAAAAUAUAUGAAUUACUACUAUUCAAUGAAUCUAGCAAUGCAGUCACGAAUUGAUUGAGGAUAACAAGGUGUAUUGUUGAAUAUCAUCUUGUUAAGUUUAAUCACAGGUACAGUACUUGGUUACUCAAUCAUGCCCACGUACUAUAUUCCACGUUGGUCACAAUGAGUUGGAGACAGGCCAGAACGCAGUCAAUGUAAAUUAGAGCAGUUUUCACAUUAUUCUUAAUUUAUCUGAGUGUGGGUUUUAAUUACAUCUGUGUGGAUUUACAUUGUGUCUAAAUCUUUAUAAAUGGUGCUUUGCCAUAUUUUCAAAGUAGAUAAUAGAUGGCGUUUUUGUUAUGUGGUGACUGAAAUUUUUGUUUCUUCCUCCUGCAUAUAUGCAGAAUUUUUUAGCCAUUCUUUCAUUUCUAUAAAUAUUUCCUUUUUUUUUCUUAAGCAGUUGAAUUGAUAUAUAUGUGUUAUGAAAGAGGAUAUUUUUUGAUUUGCUCAUUUUUUUAAUACUUUUUUACUUUUUAAAACUGCUAAGUCUCAGCUGUUCUUCUCUGAUGUGGGGUAUAUUUAUAUUCAGUUUACCGUUUUGAGAGUGUAUGUAUGUAUGAAUGUAUGUUUUUACGUGGCAAUGGCUAGAUUGUUUUAGAUUUGAUUAAUGUAAGAAAAACAUAGUAUCAACUCUGUGCUUGCCAACUGAUGUAUGAUGUACAUGUAGCUGUAAAAAGAGUUUCUCUCCUUCAUUAUAAAGUGCUUUGAAUAUAUUUUUGUGUUCGAUUUUUUUACUAAAAGGUGUAACAAAGUUGAUCAUUUUUGUUUCAUUUUAAAGAUAUAUUUGUCAAUGCUUGUACUACCGGUAUGCAUAUGUGCUAAAAUACUUUUGUUUUAAUACUAUAUUUGCUUUAUAUUUUGAUUUUCAUCUGUUUGCCGGGUAUCUUCUAAGCUAGUGAUUAUGUAAAAACAGAAACUAGCUGCAUAUAAGCAUACAAAAAUCAAAUUUGAAAAUUGUUAAAGUAGAUCAUCUUUAGUCCUAAUAGUUGCCGAGUGGUUUGGACCACCAAUGGAAAUGUGUUAAGAAUGCCAUACCUGAACCUUCACUACAGAGUUUUGUACAUAUCGAACUGUGUAUGCUAAUUGAAAAAUUAAAAUUGGCCUAGCUUACCAAAACUGUUACAUGUAUAUUCUGUACUUUAAAGGUAUUCUACAUAUCUUGUCGUGAUUUGUAAUAUUCUUCUAACUUAGUCUUUCACAGUCAGUAUCAAUUAGGUGCAAGUCUGUAAAAAUGUACUCUUUGUCAGUACCAUGUACCUGAAGACUAAUAUACCUUGUGAAUGUGGUA